AUGAAAAAAGACUUCCUUCUUGACAUCCUCGACGGCGGCCUUGCUCGUGCCGUACGUGUUGCCGCUGAAGGUGGCGUGCUCGAGGAAUCUGCCAGCUCGGAUGGCCUCCAGCAUCUGGUCCUUGGUGGUGAAGUGGUAGUGAACGCCGUCCACCUCUCCCGGACGCGGCUUCCUGGUGGUGUGGCUGACGCUGAAGCCGAACGUAUCCGGGUAUUCGCGCAUCAUCCGCUGGAGCAGCGUGCUCUUGCCGGAGCCCGAUGGCCCGCAGAGGACUAUGGGGCGGAGCGAUUUCAAUGCCAUCUGCGAUAA